CAUUUCAAUGAAAAGUGAAAUUCCUUGUCUCAUCGAAAGUGUUUUUCUCAAGGGAUUUCUAUUCAAAGGACUAUGAAAAAUCACUAAAUUGUGCCCUCAGAAACCCGCGCGACCCUUUUAUAUACGUUUUUAAAAAUCAUUUGUAACAAUUUUAAGUGUUUUAUAAGUGUUAUUUUAGAACGUCGCCCGACCAUGAAUCAAGUUUUAUUAUUUAUCACUAUUAUUCAAUAAUCUUGAGAACUGACACCUAGUUUUGAUGUCCUAAUUAAAGUUCAAGAGAACACACUUCAAAUUAAAGCGGAUAUACAAAUAUGCUGUGUGUAAAAACUAGUGAAGUUUAAAAAAAAUUGAUUAGUAACAAGUUUGUAAAGUGACAUGGAGGGAUCAACGGAGGCAACGGAAAUGUUGGAGCGGGAAAAGAGUUUGCUAUCAGAAUCUGGCCAGGAGUUGGUGGCGGUGCGGCUGUCAAUCAAUGGCAUGACGUGUCAGUCGUGCGUGCGCAGCAUAGAGGGCUCCGUCAGCGAACUGCCCGGCGUACACUACGUUAAGGUGGAGUUAUCAGAGAAAGCUGGCUACUUCAGGUAUGAGCCGCGUGUGUGCUCAGUGGAGCGGCUUCGGUCGCACAUAGAGGAUAUGGGGUUCGAGGUCGGCGGGGGCAGUAGCGACGACGAAACCAGAAAUCUCCUCCCGAAAGAGAUUCCAACGGAGCAGCUGAUCGACAUGUCUGCGCCAGAGGAGAGUGAGAUUCAGCUGUCAAUAGGCGGGAUGACGUGCCAGUCCUGUGUCAGCACUAUCGAAGGAACCCUGAAAGAGAUGCCAGGCGUGAAGUCAGCGACGGUCAGCCUGGCUGAAGGCAGCGCGUCGGUGCGCGCGGUGAACGCAGCGGUCACGCCGCAGCAGAUAGCUGACGCGGUGUACGCGCUCGGUUUCAACGUAGCACUCACUUCCGUUGACGGCGAGCAUAGUACAGACGCUUCACAAACAAAGAGUGAGGAAGGCUCCGGCGACGGAAUCAAACCAGCCUCCCCGGCCAAGAGCAAAACACAAGCAAACGGCACAGUAUCGCCUUCACCUGAGAACGAAAUAUCCCGGUGUACUCUUGAAGUCCGGGGGAUGACUUGCGCCUCCUGUGUCGCCGCCAUUGAGAAGCAUUGCUCCAAACUAUUUGGAGUCCACUCAAUCCUAAUAGCGUUAUUGGCAGCGAAAGCCGACGUCACCUAUGAACCCCGCAAGAUAUCAGCCGCGGAUAUCGCUGCGUGUAUAACGGAGCUGGGGUUCCCUAGCGAGGUUAUAUCUGAGGGCGACGGCAGCGGACCUAGGGACCUGCAACUUGCGAUCAAAGGUAUGACGUGCGCGUCAUGCGUUAAUAAGAUUGAGAAGACUGUACUUAAAGUGGCCGGUGUGGUCUCGUGUUCCGUCGCACUUACCACCUCUAAAUGCAGAAUAAAAUACAACAGUGAGCAAGUCGGCGCGCGCGCACUGUGUGACGCGAUCAACAACUUGGGGUUCGAGGCGACAGUCAUAGGCCCGCACAACAGGGGCACCACCAACUAUUUGGAACAUAAGGAGGAGAUAAAAAAAUGGCGGACGGCGUUCCUGAUAUCGCUGCUGUUCGGCGGGCCGUGUAUGGUCGCCAUGGCGUACUUCAUGGCUAUCAUGGCCCACGGACACAGCGCCCAGGACAUGUGCUGCGUCGUCCCUGGACUGAGCGUGGAAAACCUCAUCAUGUUCCUGCUGGCUACACCUGUUCAGUUUAUCGGAGGCUACCACUUCUACAGGCAGGCGUAUAAAGCUCUUAGCCACGGUACCUCCAAUAUGGACGUUCUUAUAUCCAUGACCACCACUAUCAGUUACCUGUACUCGCUGGCGGUGGUGGCUGCGGCCAUGAUCCAGCAGAAGGACACCAGCCCCAUGACGUUCUUCGACACGCCGCCCAUGUUGCUGGUGUUCGUCGCGCUCGGCCGCUGGCUCGAGCACAUCGCCAAGGGUAAAACCUCAGAGGCGUUAUCAAAACUCCUAUCCCUGAAGGCGACGGAAGCCGUCCUAGUUACACUGGGUUCAGAAGGCCAGAUCCUCAGUGAGAAGAGCAUCCCUGUGGAUUUAGUUGAGAGGGGAGAUGUACUCAAGGUGGUCCCCGGAGCCAAGAUCCCAGUGGACGGCAAGGUGAUAGUCGGGCAGAGCACUUGUGACGAGUCGCUGAUAACCGGAGAGUCUAUGCCGGUGCCAAAGAGUAAAGAUUCCCUAGUAAUAGGCGGCAGUAUAAACCAGCAUGGUGGUCUGCUGAUGCGGGCGACCCACACGGGCGAGGCGAGCACUCUCGCGCAGAUAGUGCGGCUGGUGGAAGAGGCUCAGAGCAGUAAGGCCCCCGUGCAGAGACUCGCUGACACCAUAGCGGGAUACUUCGUCCCCCUAGUGGUGUUCCUGUCGAUCCUGACGCUGGUCUGCUGGAUCAUCAGCGGGGCCAUAGACAUCAACAGAAUCAAGGCCAUUACGCCGGCGUACAUUCUGAAUUCAUCAGUCACAGAAUGGGAGCUAAUAGUCCAGACAGCGUUCCACUUCGCCCUAUCUGUGCUGGCCAUAGCGUGUCCAUGUGCGCUGGGCCUGGCCACGCCCACUGCUGUCAUGGUGGCUACAGGGCGCGCCGCCAGGCUAGGGCUGCUCGUCAAGGGAGCGGAGCCCCUGGAGAACGCACACAAGGUAAAGACAGUGAUAUUCGACAAGACGGGCACGAUCACGCGCGGGUGCACCUCUGUCGCUAAGGUGUCCCUGCUGACCGGGGAAGCAUCGACCCUGCCGGACAUACUCGCGUGCUUGCUCACCGCCGAACUCAACUCCGAGCAUCCUGUCGCUUCUGCAAUAGUCAAAUGGUGCACGCUGGUACUGAACGGAAACUCGACGCUGAAGUGCGUGAACUUCACGGCGGCGCCGGGCUGCGGGCUGCGCGCCAGGCUCCGUGGGACUCCGCCCCAGGACUACCCACCGGCUCUGAGAAACGCCCUGAACCAAGCGCGGCCGGGCUCGUCGCUGGUGCUGCACGGCGUGCCGGUGGAGGUGGUGGCGGGCGCGGGCGACGCGGCGCUCAGCUCGGCGCAGGCGGCGCAGCGGCUGCACUGCAUCAUCCGCUCCAUGAGCAGCGGCGAGGAGACAGAGCAGAUAGUCCUAAUUGGCAACCGGGAGUGGAUGAACAGGAAUGGAGUGUCGGUGCCCCGGAGGGUUCAGGACGCGCUGCUGCAAGAUGAACAGCUGGGCAGGACGGCUGUCCUAGCCGCCAUCAACGAUCAGCUAGUGUGCACAAUAGGCGUCUCGGACGAGGUAAAGCCAGAGGCACACUUAGCUGUGUAUUGCCUGAAGAAAAUGGGCCUGCAAGUGUGUCUACUCACUGGGGACAACCGGAAGACUGCCGUUGCUAUUGCAAGACAGGUCGGCAUCAACAAAGUGUACGCCGAGGUGCUACCGUCACAUAAAGUGGCCAAGAUACAGAAACUGCAAGAUCAAGGACAGAAGGUUGCUAUGGUGGGCGACGGUGUAAACGACUCCCCUGCGCUGGCGCAAGCUGACGUCGGCAUCGCUAUAGCCAGCGGGACAGACGUGGCUGUCGAAGCCGCAGACUUGGUGCUUAUGAGGAAUGACCUGCUAGAUGUGGUGGCAUGUCUCGAGCUGUCCAGGACAACAGUGCGGCGCGUGCGACUCAAUUUCUUGUUUGCGUCCGUCUAUAAUUUACUGGGUAUACCUCUCGCUAGCGGCGCAUUCGCCGCGUACGGACUACAGUUACAGCCGUGGAUGGCCUCAGCUGCUAUGGCAAUGAGUUCCGUGUCAGUUGUCUGCUCAAGUUUACUGCUCAGAACAUUCAACAAGCCGUCAGCGGAGCAGCUGCGCACCCCGGAAUACGAGCAGGCGUGUGGCCUGGAGUCCCUUGACUCUGUGUCCGUUCACAGAGGUCUGGACGACCGGCUGGACGAGCGCGCCUCCUCGCCGCUCGCCAAAUUAUUCAACCGCACGAAAUCAAGUGAGGGCUGUCUGCUGCAAGAGGAUGACGACAUGAUGACCGUGUCAUUUAUACCGAAACGUCCAACAAAAGACGACCCAAGCCUAAACAGCUAAUUCACAAAAUGACCGAUUUCGGAUUGUUCCUAUAACGUGAUAAAAUAGUACGUAAAAGUUUAGGGAAAUGACUAAAGUUGAACUUUCAAUUUAGUCAAAUGGCUAAUAGUGGAUUUAGUGAAACGACUCUUAAAUUUAGUCGAAUGACUAUAAACCUUUUGAGAACUUAUUCAAACGACUAGAAACUUUUUAGUCGAAUGACUAUAAACCUUUCGAGAAUUUAGUCCAAUGACUAUAAACCUUUUGAGAAUUUAGUCGAAUGACUAAAAAAAAUUGUCGAAAAACUAAUUUCAACUGCGGCAUAAGAGGACUAUAAAAGUUUGUGGUGAUAUUAAAAAGUGACUGAUUUUGUACAUUUGCAGUGACCAGUAAUUGUGAAUGAAUUUUGACAUUUAAGGUGUAUUUUAUAAGAUAUUACAUAAUUAUUAAUAUAUGUAAUGGUGAUAACGUAUUUAGAUCGUUUUUAAACAGCUUAUGUACGUCCCAAUGCUCGGAUUACUCAUUCGAAUAGCGUGGUGGAGUAUGCCUAAUAAUCUUCAUAUCACGAACUAAUCAUCUCCUAGUUGUAAUAACAAGGGUCAUCAUUUAUACCCAAAAACGAAGAUAAAAGUUGCUUAGGUCUGUUAUCCAAGAAAUUUGAAGGUUAAACGAAGGAAAACCAGACUAGCCCAACCUUUUAGUAAAUUGCAAAUUAUUCUCUCAGGUCCAUUCGCUAUGUCUGUUAAAAUAUAUAAUAAGAUUCCAAAAGCCUUGCAAGACAUCACCGAAAUAAACAAAUUCAAAAACGUAUAUAAGCUGUUGUAGGUGACAAACAAGCAUUUAAACCCCAUAUAAUAUAGCCCAUACACUUCUCAUAAAAAAAAAUAUUUUAUACGAGUAUGAAGAAAAAAAUUACACUGGGUAUUAUAAGUUUUUAAUUCUUAAUGUUGAUGUUUCCGAAUUCAAAACUCGAUUUUUUUAAUGAGAUGUGUGUAUAUGAUUUCGAAUGUUAAUUGAAUUUAAUAGCCAUGUGAUUCUCUAAGGCUUCCCAUUCUUCUAUUACGUAAAGCUUUUUUGAGAAAAUAAAACUUUACAUAAUAGAAGAAAACACAUUUUUCUUAUUUCAAAUUUCGCGCGAAAACGGUUGGUCGCGUGACAUUUCGCCCGGUGACGUCACAGUUCAACAAACAAAGAAACUGUCAAACAGUGUAACUCGAAACCUGACGGAUAGUUUUGUUUAUUUUGUGAAAUGUGACGUCACACGAAGCUCAAUCAUGGCCGCCCGUGUUUCGGGUCUUGUAAUACCUCAUCAUCAUCAAUUUAAGAGCCACGCUCUUGUCGGUGUAGCCUUUUCCAUUCCAGUCUAUCAAAGGCCAAUUCCUUGACUUCCCUAUAAGACACGACGUUAACCUUUUCUUUAAUCUGUUCCAUGUAAGCUCUUCUUGGUCUUCCCCUUCCUCUCUUUCCUUCUAUUAUGUUUUUAAUAAAUUCGUCGUGUCUUAUUAGGUGUCCAAUCAUCUUGCCUCUUCUGUCCUCAAUAAUUCUUAGUAUUUGUCUCUUUUCCCUUACUCUUACUAGCACUUCCUCAUUUGUAACCCUUUCUGUCCAACUUAUUCUUUCCAUCCUCCUCCAACACCACAUUUGAAAGGCCUCGAAUCUCUCUCUUGUAAUAUACAGAUAAAAAAUAGCAUUCUUAUUUUGUAAAAAAUAAAAUAUUUAAAAAUGAUCUUAAUAAAAAAGGACUAUUGGAUAAUUAUCGUUAAAUGAUAAACUACCAUAUCCGACAUAUUUCAUAUUAAAUUGUUAGAACCAUCAAGUGGCCAAUUACUUUAGAUUUUUUUUAUUUGAUAGAUAGAUAGAUAAAAACAUUUAUUUGGUCUACAGACACACAUGCAUACAAAAAGAAAAAGAUUAGAUACAGACAACCAAACAACAGAGACGAAGCUCUGUAUUAAACACGCCAGGUGUGUGUGUGCUGUAGCAGCGCAAAUCGGUCAUAGCUCAGCGCAAGUUUUUGCUCUCACGAACAACACGCUGAUUUUCAGCUACAACACGGCUGGAGGAAUCCGCGGGUAUUUGCAGUUAAGUUAUAGAGAAUCACUUGGCUAGAGAAAGUCUAAUUUAGUUAAACUUUUACUGUUACCAUAAUAAGACCUGAUAAUAGAAAUUGUAUGUACAAAAGUUUAUAUAGAAACAAAUCGUAAGAAGGACUUUGUUAAAUAUACCCGAAUAUUAAAAAAAAAGUAGGAAUUUAAUUUACAUAAAAUAGCAUUAUGCCUACUGCGGAACGGAAGGCGAAUGGGGCAACCACCGUUCUACACGCCCUAUCUAUGGAGUAAUGAAGGCGAUUACUCCACCGACAAGAGCGCAGCUCUUAAAAAAAUAAAGAGAGAGAGAGAGAGGGAGAGAGCAUUAUGCCUGUAUCCCCAAAGGGGUAGACAUACCACCUCACAAAUAAAAAAUAAACCAGGGUUGAACGUGGGUUUAAGUAUUUGACAGCGAAGCAAAAUUGAAUCCAAUUAUCAUACAAUUCGACUGAAUUAAACACGCCAGGUGUUUAAUCAUUUAUUCACAAUAAAAAUGGUAUUACAGUUUGCAGAUGAUCAGCAUUUAACAUUUGGUCUACAUUUUUAGUUAUAUUGAAAUUAUAACAUGCAAAUAGUUAAAUAAAAUAAAAUUGAUAAUUUAAAUGUCAGUCAUUAGGUACAUUAAUUAUGAAAUAAUUAAAUGAUUUACAAUGUCAUUAUUCAAAUUACACAUCACAAAAAAACAAACAAUACACAAAAAAGAGAAAAAAAAGUAAAAAGAAAAACAAUGACACGAAACAUCCAACGAUUCAUUCGAUAGUUAUAAUGAUCAAAUUCAAAAAUAUCUUUAUUCAGUAGGUAACAUAGUUACACUUUGAAUCGUCAAUUUUUACAUAACGAACGUCUCAUCCGCCUAAAACUACUGCAGCUUCUCACAACCUGUAUAGCCGGGGAAAAGAAGCUGCAAGAAAAACCUCGGCACAGGGCCCUAGACGUUCUUUAAAAAAAAGCAUAAAAUAUUGCUAUACAAUUGAGUAAUUUAACUGCCUAUUAUCAGUUCUCAGACAGUUAAUCCCAUGCAUUCUUUCUUCUAAAUAAUCACUAACUUUAUAAUAACCUUCUAUGUAAAGUUUCCAUACAGUCGUUCUAGUUCGGUUCUGUCAAAUACUUAAACCCACGUUCAUCUCUGCUUUAUUUUUUAUUUGUAAGGUGGAUAGUAGUCAGUGCAUAACCCACCUCGCCAGCUAUGUUCAAGUCCCAUGUAACAGGGGGCGAGCCUAUUGCCAUUAACCGGACACAAAUCCUGGAAACCACGUGAUAUCAAUUAUCUACGAUCCAAACAUGAAUUGAAAGUCAUAAAGUUGAAUGAGGAUCAAAACUAGAAGCUCAAAUGUAGGUGGCAGCACUGUUGAGUGUUCCUAAAUGUUGACAGUUAAAAUUCUUGAUAACCUUUAGGCAGAUAAAACCAGUAACAGUCACAAGUACUUCUUCUUAUCGUGUGGGUUGUGAGGUGGAAUACCAGCCUCAUCAACCCUGGUGUCAGGAUUAUGAUUGAGCCGCCAUUGGCCCCUGACAUGGCUCAUGUAACGAUUACUCAUUUACAUCGGUAAAUAGUAACAGGGAGCAACGGCUUAACGUCCCUUCCGAAGCACGGAUCAUCUUACUUUCGGACAAUCUGGUGAUCAGUCUGUAUUAACCUCGAGGAGGUAUGUGACCUAACCUGUAUUGACUGGUAUUCCCUUCGCGAGUUGGAAGGUCAGACAGGCAGUCGCUGCUGUAAAAAUCCGGACCUGUCAAAUCAGGUUAAGUGAGCAGACCCCGUGAAAAACGGGACAAUGCCAUGGAGAUCCCCAUGUCACGUUAACUUUUUUGACAAAUUAAACCGUAAGUCUCAUUAAAUGUCAAAUAUGAUAGUGCGACAGGGUUCUAAAGUGGGUACAUGAUAUUGCCCAUGAUUGAAAUAACAAUUUUAAAAGAAAAACUUACUGUUAAAGAGGAUAUACAAUGGGAAAAUUCCCACUUUGGGAACAUUCCCGAAAACGGCACGUCUCUGGUUCCAGUAUUUUAGAAAAUUGAAAUUUACUUUUUAAGAGCUUCCAUACAAAUUUUUACUUAGAACUUAUAUUUUUUAUUUUUAUUUUGAUAUCCAAAGAUUUUGUACAUAAUUGUAUUAUUACCUAUUAUUUUAGAUAGGUAUAAUGUUUUCAUUAUAAUGUAACGUAUCAAUUUAUUUCGUUUUUUCCCGUGCCCUCCGAAGCACUAUCUGAGUAAUGAUACACCAUUUGUCCGAUCAAGUAGUGACCGCCAUAGGAGGCUAGGAAGCAAAUCUACUGUAAAUUACAUGAAAACUAAUUUGAUGUUCAUUUAAAACCACUAUUUGUAAUAUUAUUAUUUUAAAAUAAUAUAAAUCUGUACUGAGUUCUUCUGUUAUUAUAUUUUAAUAAAAUAAUUAUUAUUGUAUAGAAUAUA